UUUAAUUCCAAUAUCUUAUAACCAAUGAAGGAGUAGAAAUGUCAGAAAACUCGUUCGCUGACCGACUCGAGCAAGGAACCCUUUUGCCUCUGCAGAGGCGAACACGAGAAAACUCUUUUAGGUAUGUUGGGGUUGAUAAGUGUUCUUUGUUUCGAUUUUCCACGUUUCUCGUCGCUCAUUUCUGGAAACACAUUCCUUGAUUGUAUUAUGCUAGUAAAAACUCUACUGCGGGCCUGACACUGUGAAGCUUACAGCCUUCAUCGUUUUGAACUAGUCUUUUAAAUUCUCAAUCAGUGGUACCACUACCACUACACUACGUGGAGCGUUGUUACGCAAGUGAUGAGUAAGUGAGAAAGUGUUUCGGAUGACGCGAUUGCGAAUAGGAGGUUGGUGAUCUGUAUACUGGUUUGUGUGUUGUCUUCUGAUGACCGAAAAGUUGCUGGGAGAGAAUGAAAUGCCGUUUGUGGUGAAUGUGUAGAUUGGUGUUAAAAACUGUGUUGCGUGGAAUUACGACUUAUAGAUUAUAUGUUUAUAUUCAGAUAUGGCAUCUGCUCCUUAUAAGUUGAGUUGUGUGCUUUAUGGUCACACGUUAGACGUUAGAUCAAUUGCGGUUUCUCAGGAAGGUUAUAUUGUGUCCGGUUCUCGUGAUAAAACUGCGAAAAUAUGGAAACCUAAUGGGAUUAAUGCAGGUUAUACUGAAGUCCAGACUUUAUUAGGUCAUACAAAUUUUGUAUCAUGUGUUUGUGUGUUACCUCCUGAUUCUCAGUUUCCCAAAGGUCUUAUUCUGACAGGAAGCAAUGAUAGCAAUAUUCGAAUGUUUGCAGUGGAUUCACCUCAGCCAAUAGCAGUUCUGAAGGGACAUAAAAACGUUGUUUGUAGCUUAUCAUCUGGUGUAAUAAAUGGAACUGUUGUCAGUUCAUCAUGGGAUUCCACUGCCAUGACAUGGAAAACUGAUGGAGGUAAACUCUUACAAACUUUCUCAGGCCAUCAAAUGGCUGUGUGGAGUUCUAUACAGCUGGCAUCAGGGGAUGUGGUUACUGGUUCAGCUGAUAAGAGUAUAAAAAUUUGGCUACCAGACGGGAUUUGCCAAAAGACCCUUACAGGUGGGGCAGAAUGUUUUGUUACAUCUGGUGAAGAUCGUACUGUUCGUGUUUGGCAUGGUGGAGAGGUAGAACAGACUGUUACUUUACCAGCUCAGAGUGUGUGGACUGUUGCUUGCCUAGCAAAUGGAGAUAUUGUAACUGGGAGUAGCGAUGGUGUGAUAAGAGUUUUUAGUUGUGAUGUUAAUCGACAAGCAGACUCUGAAUUACUUCAACAAUUUGAAGAACAAGUGGCUAGUACUGGCGUGAAUGCUGAACAAGAGUUGGGAGGUGUGAAAGUCAGUGAUUUACCCGGUAAAGAGGUUUUGUCAUCACCUGGUAUAAAAGAUGGGCAAACGAAACUGAUUCGAGAAGGAUCGGAUGUGCAUUGUUAUAGUUGGUCUGCUGCAGAUGGCAAGUGGGAGAAAGUUGGAGAUGUGGUUGGAGCCAGUGGGGGUUCACAGAGUACAUCGGGUAAAGUCCUCUAUAAUGGCAAAGAAUAUGAUUAUGUAUUUAGUGUUGAUAUUGAGGAUGGAAAACCACCUUUAAAGCUGCCUUAUAAUUCAGAUGAAGAUCCAUGGUUUGCUGCUCAAAAAUUUAUCCAUGAAAAUAAUCUUAGCCAGCUCUUUCUUGACCAAGUAGCAAAUUUUAUUGUUAAUAACAGUAAAAAAAUUACAACAGCUUCUGCUUCAACAUCGACAUCAUCUUACUGUGAUCCAUUCACAGGUGGCAGUCGUUACAUUCCUGGAAAUGAAACAGCAAGAGGAAAUGGCCCUGCUCCCACUGGUUUGGAUCCGUUUACAGAGAAACUUACCGAAUUCAAUCGGAGAACAGGUGAUGGAAAUCAUAAAGUAGAUGAAAUUUUUUUGGAAGGUGUGGUGAAGUUGGGAAAUUUGGGAGAGCCUGCAAAUCUGGUUCAUGUGCAAAUUUUAAAACAAUUGCUAGAAUGGCCACAAGAUAUUUUAUUCCCAGUAUUGGAUGUAACGCGAUUGGCUGUACGAAAUGAAGAAGUGAAUAAGGAACUUUGUUCUGGUGAAACUGGAAAUCAAAUGUUUAGUUAUUUACAAAAAUUUCUUGUUCCCGGAUCUUCAUCAACAAAUCAGAUGUUGACUUUGCGUAUAUUAAGUAAUAUGUUAGCUCAUCCUAGUGGAGAACAACUCGUUUUAAAUCACCGUGACUAUAUCUUAUCAGCUUUAUCUGCUUUGGCGGCUCCAUUUAAUAAACAUAUGCAGGUUGCCAUCGCAACUCUUCUGUUGAAUUUAGCAGUGACCUUGGAAAGAGUUAAAAAUAAAGGAUCAAGAUCUCAUUCUGUUCAAGUCACAGCUGCCCUUCUUCCGUUAUUAUCUGAUGCGGAAGCUCAGUUUCGUACCCUUGUUACUUUGGGUACUCUCCUCUGGGAAGCAGAAGAUUCAGAGACACAACUUCAGCUUAUUGGUUUGGUGACCACUACUUCUGAUGUUUUGGAUGUAUUGAAUAAACUAGUUCACACCGAAAUAAACAGCAAUGUAGAUCAAGCAGUUCAGAAAGUUUCACAAUGUGCUGUUCAAAUAGUAGGCUUAAUUCAAAAAUAGUGCUCCCUAUGGAGGACGAUAAUCAUUGUGCAAGAAAGAUAUCACAGUAUGGAAUUUUUUUUUCACAUACCAUAAGUGGAAGAUUUGUGAACUGCUGUGAUUCAAAAGGAAGUUUGUGGAUUUGGAGCUAAUAUACUUAUUGCUUGAAUGACUUACUAUGAAAUUAUGGCAAUGGCAGAUUUUGUAUUUAUUUUAUAGAUGUAAGAUACAACUCACUUUAUUACAACUGUUUUCAAGUUCAAGCAAUACAUUUUUUUCCUGUAAACUACCUGCUUCUACAAAUAAGCAUCAUUGAAUUAAAUAAACUUUUAUUUGCCUUUUGUCUCGAUAUCCUGAUUGAAAUGGAAGCUACUACAGCUCAUAUACUCUUGAAUCAGAAACUGUUACGUAAAAUUAAAAUACCACAAUUUCUGUCCAUAUUAACACAAGUCAGCUAUCAUUUGUAAUGCAUUACCGGUUGCAGAGCAUUAGACACGAAAAUAUAAUUCAUUUGAAGUUAGUACAGCAACACAGAUUCAACAAUCCGAAACCCUUUUUGUUUACUCUGGAUCACCACCCAAAAAUGAGAAGUUAUUUUGUUGAAUUUCGAACUGUCACGGCAUUCCUGGUAUUGUAUCACAACCAGAAGUGCAGGAAAUACAAAUCUGCAAAUUCCAAAAUAUUACACAUAACUGCCCUUUUCAAAACA